UCAUCAAUGUCAACCUGCUGACAUUGACGUUUCAUACAAAACACUAUUCACUGUGGACGCUUUAUAUAGAAUAAAAAGCUUGUAUUAUACAUAAAAUAUAAGGUUAAGGACUUUUGUUCCCAUCAUGAAGUUGUACUGCCUAAGCAGUGACGCAGCGAAGCCAUGCUUCGUUCUAUCAUUCAAGGAGCUACUUAUCAUGCUGGAUUGUGGGCUGUCGGCACAUUCUGUGCUGAACUUCUUGCCACUGCCUCCAGUACCAUCAGCAAGGCUUGCCAGUCUGCCUUCAUACACUCCACCACAUAUUACAGAUCCACUUUUAGAAGGGGAGCUAAAAGAAUGCUGUGGGCGCGUGUUCGUAGAUUCAGCUCCAGAAUGGGCCCCUCCGCUAGAUAAAGUUGUAGAUUUCGCACAGCUGGACGUGCUGCUGGUGUCCAACUACACCUGCAUGCUAGCGCUGCCCUUCAUUGUGGAUACACCGGGGUUUAAAGGGCAGGUGCUUGCUACGGAGCCAACUUUGCAGAUUGGGAGAUUCUACCUUGAAGAGCUCUCCGAAUGGCUGUCAAACUGCAGCUCCGGCGCCGCAGCUAAACGCUGGAAGGAACUCCUUCACGUUUUACCACCACCACUGGCCCACGCUUCCAGACCCCGAGCUUGGCGUCGAUUGUAUUCUGCUGAGGCAUUACAACGGGCGUUGGCAAGAGUACGAGUUGUUGGUUAUGAUGAACGCGUGGAUAUUUAUGGCGCUUUGGAUGCUACUCCAGUGUCAUCUGGCUUUUGUCUCGGCUCAGCCAACUGGGUACUGCGCUCAGCGCACGAAAAAGUAGCGUACGUCAGCGGCUCGUCUACUCUGACAACGCACCCCCGACCGAUCAACCAGGCCGCAUUACGUGGGGCAGAUCUGCUUCUUUUGGCCGCACUCACGCAGACCCCCGCGCAUAACCCGGACAACAUGCUGGGUGACUUAUGCGUCCACUGCGCAACAACCCUCCGCGGCGGCGGCGGCGUUCUACUACCGGUCUACCCUUCAGGCGUCCUCUACGAUCUGCUGGAAUGUCUCGGCGCUCACCUGGAAGCGGCAGGCUUGGCGCAUGUGCCUCUAUACGUGCUUAGUGAGGUGGCCGACGCGUCGCUGGCUUACUCUAAUAUACUGGCUGAAUGGGUCAGCCAGGCCAAGCAGGCUAAGGUAUACCUUCCCGAAGAACCCUUCCCGCACGCAGCCCUGGCCCGCGGAGGCCGCCUCCGACACGCGCGGAGGCUCCACGACGACGCCUUCAGCCGGGACUUCCGGCAGCCGUGCGUCGUGUUCGCCGGACACCCGAGUCUGAGAUUCGGCGCUGCUGUACAUCUUGUGGAACUGUGGGCGCAGAACCCUAUGCACGCUGUUAUAUUCACUGAACCUGACUUCCCAUACUUAGAAGCGCUGGCACCGUUCCAACCGCUCGCCAUGAAGGCUUUCCACUGCCCCAUCGACACGUCCCUCAACUACAGCCAGGCUAACAAACUAGUCCGAGAGUUGCGGCCUCGAGAACUGGCGUUACCGGAGCAAUAUGCUGCACCUACUUCGGGACCCGCUAGACCGCACAUCAGCGCCGACGUGCCCACGGUGGUGCUGCGGCGCGGCGGCGCGCGGGCGGUGGGGCUGCGGCGCCGCGCCGCGCGCGGGCUGCUGGCCGGCGCGCUGGCGCAGGCCCUGCAGCCCCGCCAGCUGCGGCCCGGCCUGCGCGCGGCGCCGCUGCAGGCGCUGCUGGCGCUGCGGGACUCGCGGCUGGAGCUGCAGCCGGUGGAGCCCGUCCCGAGGCUGCCCGGGGACGCGGCGCCGGAACCGGCGCGCUUGGAGUGGGGAGAUUUAGACGUGGAGCGCCUCGUCCGCGAGUUAGCCCGCGAAGGCCUCGGCGAGGCGCGCGUGGAGCCGGCGGCGGGCGGCGGGCGCGCCGUGCACCUGCCGCGCCACGACACGCUCGUGGUGGCCGAGCGCGGCAGCACGCACGUGUUCUGCGAGGCAAGAGCCCGGCCGCAUGUGAGGCUGAAGCUGCGUAAGGCGCUCGCUGCGUGUUUGAAUCACCUUUAACUUCAGCUGCGAGUCAAGCCCGCGGUACCUGCCGAGGCACGACACACUGGUCGUAGCUGAACGAGGCAGCACGCAUGUGUUCUACGAGGCAAGAGCGAGGCAGCAUGUGAGACUGAAGUUGUGUAAUCAUCUUUAACUUAAAAAUAUAACAUCAGACACGAGUUAAGCCCGCAGCAGCCGGUGGCCGCGCCGUAUACCAGCCGAGGCAUGACACACAAGUCGUAGCUGAGCGGGACAGCACACAUGUAUUCUGCGAGGCAAAAGUGAGACCGGAUAUGAGGUUGAAGUUGCUCGCUGCGUGUUUCAAUCAAUUGUAAUGCAAAAAACUUACAAACAUUAAUAACAUCUGCCGCGCCAAGAUACGGUUGUAGAUGAGUGAGCCACCACAUAUGUUCUGCGAGGCAACAGCGAGAUUCAACAAUUAUUACACACCCAUUUAUCUUUUCAACGCCGUAUCCAACACAAAAGCUGUUUAUUGGACGCCACGUCACCAAAGUGUCAAAAAUGAAAUUAAACUUUAUGCAUAUGCAAUUAUGUCUAUGUUGCUCUGUGAUCUGUGACAGAUAUAUAUAUCCGUCAUUGGCGUCAAAAAGGUUAAGGUGCUCGCUAUUGGACCAUACUCCGACAAAAUUUCUAGCCUCCCUGUAUCUACCUACUCGUACAAAUGCAUGGCGCUCGCGAACUAACUCCACCACUUAGUUAUGACGUAUUUUAAUUAUACUGAAAAAAGGGUUCUCUAUUGGGAUACAUCGACAAAUUUCGGAUGUACUGUCGCCAUCAAAUAUAUCGGAGCGGCCGAGGUGCUCAUAAAUAUCUGAACACGCCUAUGUUGUCAAGGCGCUAGAGUGCGUGCUCAGAUAUUUUUGAGCACCUUGGCCGCUCUGAUAUAUCUGAUAGCGACUGUACCAGUAUUUUGUAAUUUAUAAUAAGGUAAUAUUAGGCCGAAUAAAAUUUAAUUUGAAAUAUAA